AUCGCGUCCAAAGACGAAACACCGUUCUUCGUCGUCUUCAUCCGCGAUUGCAAACUAAACAGAAUCAUAUUGGCACAGCUCACACUCUACACAAUUCAAUUAAAUUCCACUGCCGAAGCAACCAAUUUUGCAGGUUUAACAGCGGGAAUCGAAAACUGGAACGAAUAUGAGGAAACGCACCGUUUUGGCAUGGGUAGUAGCAGUUGUUUGCUUCGUAGUGCUGAUGAUCGUUACCCCAGCCAUUCCUCAAUCACAAGAAUACCAUGAUUUCGCAGACCAGCGCACCUUCUUUGGCAUUCCUAAUGCACUUAAUGUGAUAUCAAAUUUCCCAUUUAUGAUUAUUGGCCUUAUUGGGGUUAUUCUCUGUCACCAUGGAAAUUAUUUCAAGCUCAGCUUGCAAGGAGAACUAUGGGGUUGGACAUGCUUCUAUGUUGGUGUGGCCGCAGUUGCUGUUGGAUCUUCAUACUAUCAUCUCAAGCCGGAUGAUGCUCGCCUUGUGUGGGACAGGUUGCCUAUGACUAUUGCUUUUACAUCAAUUGUGGCGAUAUUCAUCAUCGAGAGGAUCGAUGAGAGGAAGGGAAUGAUUUCAAUUAUACCUCUAGUUUUGAUCGGUAUAAUAAGCAUUGUGUAUUGGAGGUUCUUUGAUGACCUCCGUCCAUAUGCCGUAGUCCAAUUUGCUCCGUGCAUCGCCAUUCCUCUCAUGGCUAUUUUGUUGCCUCCGAUGUACACACAUUCAACUUACUGGCUCUGGGCUGCAGGGUUUUAUCUUCUAGCGAAGGUGCUAGAGGCUGCUGAUAAGGUGAUCUAUGAAUGGACUCAUCAUAUUGUCAGUGGUCACACACUUAAACAUUUGUCUGCAGCUAUGGUUCCUGUCUUUUUGACAUUAAUGCUUGCAAAGAGGAGUGUUGAUUCAGAGAGGCAAAGUUUACUUAAAACCUGGAGAGUUUCAUGGACCAAGUACAGAGAGGGUAACUCCAAUGUUGAGAGCUACACUAUAUCUUACUCAAAUGUGCCUGUUGAGGAGCCCCAAUAGCAUCUCUUUUCUUU